AAAGAUUUCCUCAUAGGGCUUCACGUGGUCCUCCUUUGUGAAGCUGGACGUGGAGCAGUUCCCUUCUCUGAGCCUGAGCCUAGGGCUGACUUCUCAGGAGGAGGUGUGAGAAGGGAGCAACUCCAGCAUUCUUUUGCAGAAGGAUGAGUCAGUUUCAUUCCAAAAAGCUCAAGAUGUCCAGUAGGCAGUAGGAGCAGAGAGUGGAAUUCCAAGGAGGUCUUGCAGUAAAUGGCAUUCCCAGCCCUCAGUAUGAGGACUGUGGCACAGAAAAAGAAACAUUUAACUUUUUGAAGCUUAAAUAGUAAAUUGGUGACAAACCUGGAAGAACAAUUACAGGUUUUGCAGUUGCCUCAAAUACAUUCUGUUGACUGGAACAGACUGCUCUUCAUCUUUCUGAGCUAUGCCAAGAAAAAGAAAGCUGUUGGCUCAAUUAAGUGCUCUCCAAAGCAACUCGAGUGUCCCUCCAUUUGAUGCCUUGGGGAACCUGAACACUACGCCUGCUGGGGAUUCUUCUCCAAAAAGCAGCAAAUAUUUUGCGAUAGAGAAAAAAAGUUCCUGCCAGCUAGAAGCAGAUUUUUUCAACCAGCCCUGUAUUAGUCUGGCCAAGUCCUUUCUGGGACAGAUUUUAGUUCGCAAACUUCCUGAUGGCAGAGAACUCUGGGGGAGGAUUGUUGAAACAGCUUAUCUGGGUGGGGAAGAUGAAGCUUCCCACUCAAAAGGUGGGAAGCAAACUCAACGCAACGCAGCAAUGUUCAUGAAACCAGGAACCCUGUACGUGUAUCAGAUCUACGGGAUUUAUUUCUGCGUGAAUGUUUCCAGCCAAGGGGAAGGGGCCGCAGUAUUGCUUCGCUCUUUGGAACCUCUUCAGGGUUUAGAUGCGAUGAGAGAGCUGCGCAGCGCUUCAAGGAAGGCGCCAAAGCUGCUGAAGGACUGGCAGCUGUGCAACGGGCCCUCCAAGCUCUGCCAGGCCUUCGGGAUCGACAAGGCUUUUGACCAAAGGGACCUGACGCAGGACGCAGCCAUCUGGAUGGUACCCGGACCCGACCCCCCCGGGGAGCAGGACGUGGUGGCCACAACGAGGAUUGGCAUCGGCAACAGGGGAGAGUGGACACAGAAACCUCUCAGGUUUUAUUUACGAGGAAACAAAUUUGUGAGUGUUGUAGACAAGAAAACAGAGAGAGAGAUGGCAGCAGUGGGACACUUCUCUUGCAGCUGACGAGUCGUACAGGUACCACGGGCCAGGACCUGAGCUCUGCUCUGCGUGACGGCCUCAGCCUGCGUCACGGCAGCAGCCAGGGCACACACAGGGGCUUGGGGGCUUUUAACAAUAAAUGUACUUUAUCACA